AUGUUUCGACCGAAGAAGAAGAAGGCGCACAGUCUCAUGGAAGAGCUCAAAGAACUCGAUCUCAUUGAGGAUGGCGCACCGGUAGACAUCCCAGAUCUGGAGAAUGAAGAUCUAAUUGAAAAAAGCAACAUGAGCGUGGUGGUGAGAUGCCUCAAUCCGACGGUUCACAAGGGACUGGAAGAUAGGGUUAGAGGUCGUGGGGUGGAUGCGAACAGGGUUCAGUUCAUCUUUGAUAAUGAGACAGAUCUCAACCAUGUCCUCACUCGAGGCCCGUGGUUUGUCAAUGGAUGGAUUGUUGCUCUGGACCAGUGGACGCCGCAUCCUGGACCCAACUUCUUAAACCGUAUUGGAUUCUGGAUCAGACUGCGAGGAAUUCCGAUACAUCUUCUCAAGGAGCAGACGGUGGACAACAUAGUUAGGCCGCUAGGAAAGGUUGAGAAUCACGCGAAGUAG